AUGGCGUCCGCGCCCGCCCCCGGCGUCGUGGUGGUGUUCGACUUCGACCGGACCAUCAUCGACUGGGACAGCGACGACUGGGUCAUCACCAAGCUCGGCGCCGCCGACGCCUUCCAGCGCCUGCGGCCAACAAUGCGCUGGAACCCACUCAUGGACAGGAUGAUGGCGGAGCUGCACGCCAGGGGGAAGACGCCCGAGGACAUCCGCGACUGCCUCCGGAGCGCGCCGCUCGACGCGCACGUCGUUUCCGCGGUCAAGACGGCGGCGGCGCUCGGGUGUGACCUGAAGGUGGUGAGCGACGCUAACACCUUCUUCAUCGAGACCGUCCUGGCGCACCACGGCGUGCUCGGCUGCUUCUCCGAGAUCGUCACCAACCCGGCGAGCGUCGACGCGGACGGCAGGCUCAGGAUCUCGCCGUUCCACGACUCCGCGGACGCGCCGCACGGCUGCAGCCUCUGCCCUGACAACAUGUGCAAGGGCAAGAUAAUCGAGAGGAUCCAAGCAACAGCCAGUGACAAGAAGCAGCACUUCAUCUACAUCGGUGACGGCAAGGGAGAUUACUGCCCAUCCCUCAAGCUGGGGGAAGGGGACUAUGUCAUGCCAAAGGAGAACUACCCCCUUUGGAAUCUCAUCUGCAACAACAAGCAGCUUCUCAAGGCUGAGGUUCACCCGUGGAAUAGCGGCGAGGAACUGGAAAAGAUACUACUUACGUUGGUCAGCAAAACUAUAACCCCACCUGCACAAGUUUCCCAGUUUGACUACAGCAAAUGUGAGAUGAGCAAUCCAGCAAUCCAGCAUCCAGCCCUCCGUGUGCCACACUGA